AUGGAUACCAUCAAGAACGCCGCAAACUACGUUAGCGAGAGCUUCCAAGGUGCUGGAGCCACCGCUUCCAAGGAGGCCAACAAGAACGUCGCCAAGGACAACAACGCUUCUGUCAGCACCCGUGCCCAAGCUGCCGGUGAUGCCAUCUCAGACAAGGUCGACGAGCAGACCCACGACCGGAAGGCCGAUGUCCACCGUGAGGCUGCCAAGCACUAG